UCUUUAAUUUGACUUUACUGUCAUGCACAUUUAGAUUUUUUGCAGGCGGGAAGUUUUCAGUGGUUUAUAGAAGAAAUAAAUUUAUUUCAAUUUGAUGCAGUGCUUAUAAGAAAUUACCUUAAAACAUGGAUAGAUCUUUGCAACAGCUUUACACUUCAAUGCCGCGAAACUCAAUUGCGGGUCGGAUGCGACCACAGGCAGCCAACAGUAGACCAGCAUCACCAUUGAUAAAAAAGACCGGCAUCAGUCAAGGACGUUUCAGUUUAUCGGCUCGUUCGAAUCCGUCGAUUAUUGGCAUUCGUUCUGAGUUCAAUAUGGUUGAGAGUUUUGGUUCUCAAUUGCCCGUGCUGGUGAAUGAAGCACUUACAUUUAAUGAAAAGAAUCAAAAUGUUUCAGUACGUUGCGCUCCUAAUGGUUGGGCUUGGAUUGUACAUGGUCGGCGUUUGCUUAUUUGGCAGUAUAAGGAUACUAAACGCACUGGUGACAGCACAUCGCCCCGCACACCAAAGGAAUUGCUGCGUGCACAACAACGACGUGGAAAUGCUAUGGCACAAUGUCGCGAAUUAACUUUACCACACUGCGAUAUUGGUCACAAAGCCACUUUGGUUAGUGUUUUUAUGGGCGAAGGACAACAAAUGGCAUCGUGUGUGGCAGUUUCACCUACGGGUGAUGUACGUUACUGGCCCUCAAUUGCACAUGACGGCUCGUCUGUUGAUGUGAAUGGUAUUUUGGAUGGUCAAGAAUUCGAUCAAAUGCUUAAUAUGCCACACCAACAAGGUUAUUUGUUAGUAACAACCACAUGCAGUUUAGUGUUAUUACAAUUACAAUUGGUGAAUGGUAGAAAUGUGCUGCAACACAAAACCAUACGUCAACCCGCUGGGUUCUUAGGUGGUAUAGGCAAGAAAUUCUCAAUUAUAAUGGGUAUGAACAGUGGCGGUGACAAGGAGAAUAAAUUUGUAGGUAUUGCUUGUGAAGGUGGCACGAGUGGAGAAGCGUUUGUCACUGUGCUGGCAGAUCGUUGGUUUCAGCGCUGGCGCUUAUCAAACGCUGGCACGGUGGAACAGAUGUUGUAUGAAGACAGCGAAAUUAUACGCAAAAUACGCGAUGAAUUUCAACACAAAUUCUGGAACGUGCGUGAUAAUCUCGACAUAAAUUUACAUCUUCUGGAUAUGCAUAUUAAUAACGGCAAAAUUUAUGUGCUUGGCGGUGCAGUGAAUACUGCACAUGCGCCUCAAAUUCAUUAUGGUGUUGCGAUAAUUACAUCGGAAGCUGAAGCAAUGAAGCUGCAAAAUUUCAUACCACUCAAACUUGCGCAGUUUUAUAAUCUUGGCACGGAAAAGGAAUGUCACAAUUUACGUUUCAUUGUGACAAGUACACAUCUCUUCUUCUACACGGAUAAGUAUAUUUACCCAUUAAACUUAUCCAAUCCGGCUAUAGCUGAAAUGGAAGCUGAGAAGAUCGAGUUUCAUUUGCAAGAUGAUCGCAUAUUAAAUGCUGCCAUCUGUGGACAACUGCCAUUAUUCUUUAGCCGCACACAUGGCUUAGUAUGCGUAACGCCUGGCGAUUUUGACACCAUCGAAUUUAUGAAUUCAUCUUAUAGCUUCGGACCGAACGCCAACACAGCAGCCGAUCUGAACAAUUUGUCAUCGUUGGCCAUCGAUCAGAGUGCGCUGUAUAAUAGCAGCCAGAUUAAUGAGAGUAAUUUAUAUAUGUUCGAUUUGGAUCCCGAUGCCAUGUAUAAUGAGUUCAAGGACGAAGUGAGUCAGUUGAAAGCUGCAUUUAUCUAUCGUCUGAAGCACAACAAUAAUAUGAGCAAUACAAUAUUGAAUGAAUUGCUGCGUAACAUGUCCGAAAACCAAGCAGCAAGCACGGGAAGCGCUGACGCAAAUCAAUUGGACAGAAUCGUUAUAACGAUUGCUGAAGAUUUGGCCGAGGAUUUACCCGCAGCCGAUCCACGCUGGGAGCAAUUGUGGACGGAAGCUGGGCAUAGCAACAAGCAUGCGCUGGGCAGUUCGUCAUCGUUGCAAAUUCUCACACAACUUAAGGAGAAGAGUCUUGCGCUGCGACAUUUUGUUGAAUUUCUACACAACACUGGCAUAUGGGAGAAGCUUGAUGCUGUGCCGAGUGGUGGUGGUAGUGUAGUGAAGCCGACCUCUUACAUUUUGGCUGACAUUAAUGAGAAGCUCGUUGCUGCAAUUGCAUUGCGGGGCAUACAAAGCAAAUACACGAAAAUUAUCGAUGAGGCCAUAAAUCGUGUCGUUGCCACGUGGCAGGAAAAUCCUUAUGGCAACUUGACGGCGCAAGAUAUAUUCUAUGUGCGUAUUUGCAAGUUUCAGGAGAUUUUCCAAGCACUCUCCGAUUUGCUUGAUAGUCGCAUUGAGUCACAACAGCAGAGCACUUCGUUGGCAAUGCUUAUAAGUGACAUUAACAGCAUUGUCUUGCACAUUAUUGGUGAGAUUAUGGGUAGUCGGGAGCACAAUGCCACGCUAUACACACUGCCGCAGGAUAAGGCGAAUGUGCACGAGUAUUUGCCGUGGACCGCAAUGUCGGGUAGUGUGGGCUUGCGUGACACUCUAUCGCAUCUCAUUGACACCUCGGUGCGCUACGGCGCGCAUUGCACCAAUGAACCCGAGUUGAAGCAACGCUUGUAUCGGCAAAUAUACGAGAUAAUCGAUGCUAUAUUAGAUGGACGCAAGAAUUAUCUUGAAAGUGUGCAUGAUUCGGAGAAGUAUAAUGUGUUGUUGCAACAAUUCGAAUCGCAACGCAGAGAAUUAAUAUCCAUUUUGAUCGAUGACGAACAGUAUGAAUAUGCCGCCAAAUUAGCCGAGAAAUAUCUUGAUUUCCAAAGUUUGGUAAUCAUUUGUGAUGAGACGAAAAAUCAAGAUCGCCUCGAUGGCUACAUAAAAAAGUUCGAAGAAUAUGAUUUCUCGCAAUUCGCCAUCAAUUGGCAUUUACGUCAGAAUCGCCAGGGUGAAGUGUUCGAACGUUUUAAGGGCAAUCAGGCGGCGCUGUCGCAAUUUAUGCGCGAUCAUCCAACCUUGGGCUGGAUACAGUUGGUGUUCAAUGGUGAUUUUGAGCGCGCAGCGAAGAUACUGCUGCAAUUGGCACAAAACGAAACGGAAUUCGUGCAGAGGAAGAAGUCCAUGCUAUCGCUGGCAAAAUUAGCCGCAUUCGCCUCAGCAGACUCGGACUUGGCCAUACAAUUGGAGAGCAUUAAUGCCGAAUUGAAUAUAAUCGAUUAUCAGGAACAAUUGAGUGAGCCGUUAAUGCAGAAUUACGGUUACGAUGUGGAGAAUCCGAAAGUACUCAAAGUGGAAGAAAUGAUAAAUCUAUUUAUCUCUGAGGAAAACGAAACGGUAAAUGAAUUCGAAUUCCGCAAAGCGCUGGAGCUACUCAACUAUAUAGACGAGCCGUAUGAUGUGCGUCACAAAAUUUGGUCGGCGGCAAUUUUGCGUGAUAACUGGACCGCUUACGACACGAACAAUGCUGUGGACUAUCUGCAAAAUUUACUUUUCUUCAAAUUAGUUGAAGUUUGCCAUUUAAUGGAUGGCGAUUGCGAGACUUUUCUGCCACCGAUGGAAGAUUUUCUAAACAGUGCUGAACUUGGUGAUUUAGUGCACAACACAUCGUUUCAGUAUCUCUUCAAAUUGACUUAUGAAUAUAUAUCCGAUGCAUUUAAAAAGCCAACUGAGACAAAUAUGGAGUUGUGAAAACAGUAUGUUAGCGGUUUAGUGGUUAUGAAAUAACUUAAAGGUGUUUUUUUUUGUAUUGAUGAAUAAAUGUUUUUAUAAGAGAA